UGUUGUACAUCAAAAGGUUAAGAAACAUCAAACUGCUGAGAAAAACAUUCAGACAGAAAAAAAAAGUAUGCAUCAGUGUUGUGUGUUAUGUUGCCUCUGCACAGCUCUUCUCUGGAUCUAUUUUCAGGUCAGGAUGUGAAAUUUGUCCCCACUGACGACAAAAUGACCUGGACCGAGGCCCAGAGCUACUGCAGAGAACACCACACAGACCUGGCCAGUGUGAGGAACCAGGCAGAGAACCAGAAGGUCGAGGAGGUGAUUCCAGGAGGAAAAGCCUGGAUCGGCCUUUUCAGAGACUCCUGGAAGUGGUCCGAUGGAAGCAGCUCCUCGUUCAGAUACUGGAACACAGGAGAACCUAACAACAACGGGGGGAAGGAGGAUUGUGCAGCAGCAGAUUUCAGCUCCUCUGGAGGAUGGGGGGACAGGAACUGUAACGAGAAGUUUCCAUUCAUCUGCUACAGUCCAUCUAAGUGGUAACCCCUGAUUCAAACAGUAUUUAUACUAGAUUUAGAUUAAC